AUAUACUUCGGAUAUACAAUAUUUGUUAACCGUUAAUCAACACUGGAAUUAAGUAGCGUCGUGUGGCCAUGGUGACAACAGGAUUUUCAAGUUUUGUUUGCUCUGAUUUAGACCUGAAAUAUCAAUUACCACUUUACGCAUGACUUAAAGAGUAUUUUCACGGAAAUAUUUAAUCUACUGAAACUUUGUGAAAAUGUCGAACUCUCCAACAAAAUCAAUUCCGCGUCCGAGGACAAACAACCCGUUAAGCAGGUCGCUGCCGGCUUCGACCGCCGGAGCUUCGGGGACAGCACCUGUUGAUAGGGUGCUUCAUUACAGGGCGGAACAUGCAGGUGAUCGUUCAUUGAGGAAAACGGCGCAGGUCUCUCCUCUUCAAAUGAGUACACCCUCAAUGCGCACUGGAACAACUUUCAAGACCAACAAAUUGCAGACAAAACACAGUACAUGGACACCAAUAUUGCACAAACCAUCAAAUGAACAGCUAUAUUUAGAAAGGAGAGAUUUAACCGCACACUGGUUUGACCUGUGGACGGACUCCCAGCGGAAGCGAUUCCUGCAGUUCCUUCUGGUGCACUGCAAGCGUAGCCAGCUUGUCUUCCUGCAGCAGUUCUUUGACAGUAAGAUUCCCCUCACCCAUGUGGACUUCACCAAGAUCCUACCUCGCUUCCUCUGCCUCUAUAUCUUCUCGUUCCUGGAUCCCCGCAGCCUUAGCCGUGCCUCCAUGGUCUGCUGGCACUGGAAGUUUGUCACAGAACAGGAUGAGCUGUGGGUUCACAAGUGCCUCCGACAUGGCUGGCUGUUGCCUUAUGUGCCAAGAGAGAAUGAAUUUGGAGCUUGGAAGAAACACUACAUCAAAUGUUUUAAGUCGCUUGAUGUUACUCAACCAAAUGAGAAGUCUGAUAGGUAUGGCAAGCUAGGGGAUGGAUCAACACUAGCAGAGAAAGAAUAUCUCAGGAAACUGAAGGCAGGCCGGAUCAAGGAACCACCUCUAAAUCCACAUCCCUAUGCUGAGAGGGGGCCAUGGCUUGACCCUGAUCCUCGCCCCCAGGACACAGAGAAGGCUUUCAAGAGUAUGGCCGACACUGCCAACCCGACCUUUGGCCAGCCCCUUCCCAAGGUACACCAGAGAUCGUGGACGGAACCCGCCCGUAACUUUGAAUAUGGUCUGGAGUCUGGCAAUAGAAAACAACAGCACAGAGUGAAUCAGGACGUCGAGGAGACAAUAGGCAAUGACAGGAGUCUAGCCACCUCUCUAUCUGCCUGUAUUGCUGUUGAGCUCAGUGAGAAUCCAGAUAAGAUCAACAGGUCCUGGGCUAAACCCCAAGUUCAGCCUGUUUCUAGAAGACCAGAUCUUUCAAGAGGGGGAGACUACUCGGCUUUCAAGAAAACAUCUAAACAUGAUGUAGGGUCAAAGGUCAUCAGAGGGGAGUCCCCUUUUAGGAUUCUGCUUAUAUCUAGUGAAGUACCAGCUUAUCAACUCCUUGUAUCAGCAGCCAAACCUGAUGUAUUGCCCAUUGUAUAUGAGUAUAAUGGUAGCACCAUAGAAUCUCUACUUACCUUGCUCCAAGCUACAGUAGGAUCAUAUCAAGCCAGGAGUAUUGGUCUAUUCACCCUUGGCGAGGACUCAGUUCGGAUCAUCAGAGAAACGGCCAUCACGUCUCGGAUGAUAGAACACCCGGACAUCAAGAACUUCUGGGAGUCUUUCUCCCAGUGCAUCGAGUCGGCCAAAGAGGGAGGAUCCCUGGAUUUCUUUGCUCCACUCGAGGCAACAGCUGGUGGGCAUGAGAUGAUGUCACGUCUAUCAUCUCUGAUUGGUCUUCGACUAUCCAGCCCUGCCACCCUCUCACCCACAAGGUUUGAUUAUGUGACGGGUGAAUGGCAGGACACGGCUCAUACACGACCCAACCCUCCACCCCACUCCCUAUACUUCCAAGCAGCACCCUUGCAGGCGUGGCAGGCCCUAGCUGGUCGGGUGGCCGAGGCAACCACACGAUGCAGCGAAGAUCUCAGGGGGUUCUUUGUCCAGAGGAGGGAGCAACUCCUGCACAGAGUAACAGGUGAUGUGGUUCUAGAGGAGCUAGGAGAAGAUGGUCUUGGUGUUUGUGAUCAGGUCAUGGUAGCAUUGAGGGAAGCUUUGGAGGAACUAGCUAGACACCCUGAUCAGGAAAAUCCAGCAGCAUUCCUUGGGGAGACUCUUUUGAAGAUUUCUGGACAAGGUGCACCUCAUCAUCAAGGGAUGAACAAUGGCAUAUCAGGGGCACCAAGGCAAUCUAAUAAGAUGUCUGGCUUGAAACUUGCCAGUGAAAGCCAAGAUGAUAUGUCGAUUGGUGAAGAGAUCGAGGAGGAGAUUGAAGAGGAGUACGAAGAGGAGAGCGAGCAGGAGCUGAUCAGACCGGCCAAGUCCCGUCCUGAACCCAUCAACUCAAAGACAUUCUUACGCACACAUUCCAAACCCAGCACUGUGCAACAGACAUUCCAAUCUAUGCAGUUGACCACACCCCCUGGCAAGACCCACUCUGAGCGGAGGAGAGCCGUAGCCAAUGAGAUUCUUGAUGCGGAGAAGGUGUAUCUCCGAAGACUCAACAUCAUUCACAAUGUUUACUUUGAGAGGCUGGCGGCAGCGUUGCGAUCGAAUCAUGCCAUCAUUGGGCAGACAAACAUCAGUCUCAUCUUCACGGAUACUAAUAAUAUUCUCAACGUCACUAGGGGUCUGUAUGAAGAAUUGAAAGGUCGAUUAGAGAGUUGGAGUGCCCAGCAAUGCUUGGGAGACUGCUUUGUUAAGUUCCAAUCAAAGCUCAAGGCCUAUACCAACUUCCAUAACAACUACGCAAUCAUCCUCUCAACAAUUGAUAAGUGUCGAGAGCAAGAGCCAUCAUUCCGCGCCUUCCUCAAGCAGCACGACAGCUCCGCUUCGUCUGAGAUGAUGACCUUGGAUGAGCUGAUGCUAGGCGUGGCCCACCACAUCCACCACUACAAUCGCCUCCUCUUGGCCUUUCAUCAUGCCACACCCGACGAUCACCCGGACAAAGAGGACCUGAUGACGGCCAUUCAGACAUUUAGGCAGCUCCAAGAUCUCAUUGACCAGAACAAGCAGCGAGGUGAAAGAGAGCGUGUCUUGAAAGGUCUUCAGAAGCGCAUCGUAGGUUGUCCCAGUCUCCUAGAGGCUAACAGGUUCCUCGUCCGUCAAGAGACGGUCGCUCUGAUGGAGUCAGUCACCAACUCAAGCAAGACCAACAAUAUGAAAGGGCCCAUGAAGCAUGUGAAUGACCUUUGCUUGUUUCUAUUCAACGAUGCUCUUGUCGUCACCCACGAGGGCUCCCGUCACGUGCCUUACACCCGCCGUUCAGAGACUUUCUACAAGUUCAUUGUGGCUCUGAGUCUGACUAGAUUGCAGGUUCAGGACGUACCAGAUUCUAAAUAUGUUCAGCAUGGUAUUCUGUUGGUGUCACCCAAGAAGAGACUGCUAUGUUCAGCUGAAGACUAUUCCUCUAAGGUGGCACUACUCAGCAUACUGGAGGAAACAAUCCGAGCUGCUUUAGAUGUGGACUGAAAUAACAACAAGGGACAACCUCAGCAACCGCCAAAGCAACAAGAAAAUGUGGAAGCCUCCUGGUGUAGUGGUUCUGACUCUCACCUUGUAAUCAGAGGGUCAUGUGUUCUAAUCCCACCAUGGCCUAGAGUCCUUUGGCAAUAUAUCAAUCCACAAUAUGCCACUCUCCAUCCAGGUGUUAAAUGGGUACCUGGUAGGAUGCAAAAGCCUAUGUAGUAUUCCUAGCAAUGGAGUCUUGGAAGUCAUUGGAAUGCUCCCCAGGGAAUGGAGAAAAAGCAUGUUGUGUAUGGGCAUGCCAGGAUCCGAUGACCGGGGUAGUAAUAUAUCUAUAAAGCGCUUAGAGAUGCUGUUCCAAUGUA